GACUGUUUGUAUAGAGACCACUAAUUUUGCCCUUCUUCAAGUCGAGUGAAAAGGUUCUCCUAAAUCUCAAUCCUUGCGCCACCGAAAUCGGUUUCGCUCACCACGACUCCACCUCUCCUUCCCAAACCUUCUCACUUCGCACCCCUCGGAUCCGUUACAACUUAGCGUAAACCUAAGAUUCCAGCACAAAGUAUCCCACCUACGAGCUCUUUCUAGUCCCGAUUCAAUCCACCCCCCUAAGCCAGAAUGCCAAUUAAAAACGUCGCCCUAAUCGGGGCCGCCGGCACCCUGGGUCCAUCCGUCCUCCAUGCCCUCCAAUCCUCCCCAUUCGAAGUCUUCGUUCUCAACCGCGCAUCCUCAAAAUCCACAUACCCAAACACCAGCACAAUUACCAUACCGGAUGAUCUCAAUGUCCCAACCCUCACCACCCUCUUCCGCUCACACGCCAUUGAUGCGCUUGUAAUGACAAUCGCAGGUUCGUACGUCUCCGAACAAAAACGCCUCAUUGAAGCCGCCUUCAACGCCGGCGUGCAACGCGUCAUGCCCGCGGAAUUCGGGAGCUGUGAUUCUGCAGAUGAAGCUACGAAUCAGCUGCUCCCGCUUAUGGAAGGCAAGAAGCGCGUGCGAGAGUUUUUGCAGGAGGUUUGUGGGAAAGAGAGGGAAGAAGGUAUGGGAAAGAUGACGUGGACGAGUCUUGUGACCGGGCAUUUCUUUGACUAUGGGAUGGCGACACGAUUGAUGAAAUUUGAUGUGAGGGCGAGGAAGGCUUAUCUCUUGGAUGGUGGGGAUGUCACGUUUUCGGCUUCGAAUUUGGGGUUUAUUGGAAAGGCGGUUGUGAGGGUCCUGGAAAGGCCGAAGGAAACAGAGAACCAGCUGUUGUAUAUUCACAGUCAUUCGACAACUCAGCUUGCUGUUCUCGCUAUUCUCGAGAGGCUCACGGGCGAGAAGUGGGAGAGGAUACAACAGGAUACUAAAGUAUUGAUUCCAGAGGCGAGACGGAGGAUGUUGGCGGGUGAUAAGGAGGCGACUGAGGAAGUCGUUAGUCCUUGGGGCAUUGUGAGUAGUGAUUGGAGAGGGAAGGAAGGCUUUGCAAAUGGCCUAUUGGGCCUUGAAGAGGAGGAUUUGGAGAGUGUCCUUAGGGAUGCAGUUGAGGGGCAAAAAUAAGAGUAAGUUGGAGGCUGGCCAAUAAUUCUAACAUAAUUUCCAUCUCUAACACCUAGAACCGCUCAAAAUGAU